AUGCCAGGUUUAAAUGAAGCAGCGUUUGAGUGGAUGUUUAAGAAUGUUACAGAAAGACCACGACUGUCAUUGGGCUGGCUGAGUUCCUUUUUACCAAUGGUCAAUGUAGUGCAUGCUGACACUGUGAAGGUCAUCCUCAAAUCCUCAGCACCAAAAAGCCGAAGUCUAUACAGUCUAAUAAUGUCCUGGUUGGGAGAAGGUCUGUUGAUAAGUAAUGGAGAGAAAUGGUUUAGAAGCCGUCGGCUGUUAACACCAGCUUUCCAUUUUGACAUCCUGAAAGCAUACCUAGAAGUGAAGAACAGAGCAUCAAGCAUAUUUGUUGAUAAGCUACAAGCAUAUGCAGACAAGGAAGAAUAUUUUGAAAUAUUUGAACAUGCUUGCAUGUUUUCUCUAGAUGUUAUAUUACAGUGUGCAUUUUCUUACAAGAGUGAUUGCCAAAUUUCCAAAAUGAAGCAGCCCUAUGUCCAGGCAGUGUGGGAAUUAAAUGAUCUUCUUGCAGAUAGAUUUUUUAAAUUUUGGUUGUAUCCAGACUUUAUCUAUUAUCUCACAUCAAAUGGUAGACGAUGGAAACGUGCCUGUGAUCUUGUCCAUAAAGUGGCUGAGAACAUUAUCCAAGAAAGAAAACAAACUCUGAUUUCAGAUGCCAAGAAAGGUAAAGAGACAAAAUGUAAGGAUUUCCUAGGUAUUCUACUGACAGCUAAAGAUGACAAUGGGACUGGAUUGUCAUCUGCAGAAAUAAGAAAUGAAGUUGAUACAUUUUUAUUUGAAGGGCAUGAUACCACAACAAGUGGGACAUCUUGGACACUGUAUGAAAUAGCUAGACAUCCUGAUGUUCAAGAUGCUGUAUACAAAGAGAUUAGUGAAGUAUUAGAGGGCAGAGACAAUGACAACAUUCUAUUGGAGGACUUGCCAAAGCUUACAUACCUGACACAAGUGAUUAAAGAAUCAUUACGCUUGAAUCCACCUGUUACAUUUAUACAAAGGGUGACAGAUGAACCUAUGACGUUGGAAGGUUACGACAUACCAGUCGGUACAACAGUUAACAUUGUUAUUGUAAAUGUACUUACCAAUCCAACCUUGUGGGAGGAUCCCUUGAAAUUUGACCCAGACAGAUUUUCACCUGAACGCAAUGAUGAAAGGGAUCCAUUCAGUUUCGUGCCUUUCUCAGCAGGACCUAGAAAUUGUAUUGGACAAAACUUUGCCAUGAAUGAAAUGAAAACAGUGAUUGCCAGAAUUGUACACAGAUUUAAAUUGGAACUACACCCUACUCAUAAAGUAGAACGACAACUUGCAGCAACACUGAAAUCUAAAGAUGGAAUUUUGAUGAAGGCUUUCCCUAGAGAGAAACUUUAAGGGUUAAUUUUGUGUAAUUUUAAAUUUCCUGAAACAAAAAUGAUAAAAGGCUCUACAAUGAUAUUAUGUAUUAUAAAGGUUUGUUUUGACUUUUUUACUAACUUGAAUAAGUUUUAUGAAUAUGAAGCACUUGCUAGUCAUUAUUUUAUAAAGUAUUCUAUAUUGAGAGGUUUGAGACUUUUGACUUUGAAACAUACUGUAAAAAAAAAGAAAAUUGAAAGUGAUUAAAGUUCGUGAAUUGAAGAAAUGAAGAUUUUAACAGAUAAACAAAUGUUUACUAAGUAACAACCAUAUAGAUUUAUCAAAACUGAUAUGAGGAAUAAGCGAAAAUUUGGCUGGCAAAACUGUUUUUAAUGUAGAUAUUUCGAAAGUGUGGCCUCCAGUUUUAUAGUAUGUUUUAUGCCAAAAGUCUUCAAUGUUUAUCUCGUAUUUAAUGAACAGUAUUAAUUUUAAUGAGGGUUUACAUUGGCCUUUGCAGACUGAAAUCAUUGGUGCUAAAGAAAAUAUGCAAAGACAAAUAGGUGCUUGUUUUAUUUCUAAAAAUAAAUAUUUAUUUAAUAAGUUUAUACAUAUGCAACCCCAUAAUAGAAAUCUUGUAUUGAAUUUAUCACAAAUUAAGUUUUGUUUGUUAAUUUUUUUUUUUUUUGUUUUUAGUAAAAUGAUAAGUGUAAGUGAUGAGAUUAAAUCUCUUGUAUGUAAUAAAAAUCAACAAACUGGAGUAAAUGUUCUACAUAUUCGUAGCUACUACUUUCUGUGUUGAUUUAAGAGAGCAUUUUUAUUACUGUCUUCCAAGCUUUGAUGGAAUUUUAGACAAUGUAAUUGUGAAAAAAGCAUGGAAAUUGUCAGGAGUGUAAAAUAUGUCCGUCUGUUUGGUGAUCGUCAUCAGUCAUUUUGUACUGUAAAUAAUUGAGAGGGUUAUCUCAUAUAGUGUUACAGAAAUUAAAUGUUAUUCUGUCUAAAUUCAUGAAAUAGUUUGUAAUCAGUCGCAUAUAAGAUUUGGUUGUUAAUUGUAGCAUGCAUUUGCUUUAAAAAAACAA